GCGCACCUAUAGCCUAUUCUGCAAAACCAACUCGAGUUGGAGACGAGGCACAAAAAGUUAACCUUUGCCUUCGUACGCAGUGAAGGAACUUCAGCAUAGAGUAGCAUAAGCUAUCGAGGAAGCAUUAAUAACGAAUAUAGUUGCUAUCAUCACCAUGUGACGUUUGCGACCGUUUUUAUCCUGGAGUAUGACAGAUACAAUGUCUAGACUGUCCUCGGUUGCUUCUCUUCGACUACCAGCCAUUCAGCACCCGUUAUCAAGACUCAUAGACCCAGAAACCCUCUCUCUCAGAGGCUACUCCAGAGAUUACGCUGGGAGUGACGAAGUUGUACCGCCGCUGUUGCGGGAUGGGGACCUCGACUUUGUUUUCCGAGGUCAAAACACAAAAAGGGCCACAGGUUAUCCUUAUGACAAGGCUCCGCCGAAGCAGAGCAGUUUCAGCCUGGUCUCGCAGCCAAUCCCCGAAGGAGUCGAAGUCUCAGUAGCCCUUGAUCCGGUUAAACCACGGCUGCCCAUCUUUGGUCAGCGGGUGGCACCAGAGAGCAGGGGGAGCCGAGUCACCAGCCUAACCAGUACCAUUAAAACCAGCAUCACCAGCCAAACCAAUACCAGCAGAACCAGUAUCCUUACCAGAACUACUACCGCAGCCUCCUGCCCUGACACCCAGCUCAGGAUCCAAGUGGACCAGCUUGAGUACGAGCUAAGGCAGAACAUUCAGUUGUUAGGACACUUGAAUCUUCAACGAAUGUUCAAGAACAACCAUCCGGAGGGAAAAGCACUGGCCAACAGAGAUGUGUUGCUGAUGAUCCUCACCAAGUUUCUGGGCCGAUUCAUCACACUGCAGCAGUACAGCCAGUUGCUGCUCCGACUGCAUUUGUCGAAGAAGGCAGCCAUUAGCUUUGAGGAGCUGUGGGAGGCCAUAAGAGAGUCUGGAGCAGGUGGACCAGCCACUUGGUUUAACCCCACCCAGGAUCCCAGCACAGCCCCUCCCCUUUCUCCAGCUAAAGUCACAGCCUCCCAGACCCUAUCCCUAUUGCGGGGACAGGCCCAGAACAGGUUCCUGGAGGUCAUAGAGUCACGUCCCACAGAGCUAGGCCUACAGAGGAUCAGUUUGAUUGUAGCUCCAGAGCUGAAGAGAUGUCUUGCACAGUUGGGCCUCAACUUAGAGGACCGGGAGUUUGAGAAGCUUUGGAAGAAAUUUGACAGCGAAGGACUUGGAGCCGUGAACGUGAGAGGUUUGCUAAGGACACUUGGACUGAGCCAGAGAAAGACCUCAGACACCAACGAUAAUAAUGAUCAAGUUUCAUCUUCUAUCAAUGGUGAAGACACCAAAGCCAGACCCAGGGCCCUGUCGAAGUCGGAGGAGGAGCGUGGGGUAUCCAUCACCAUGGAGAAGUGGCUGAAGGACAAGUUUAGGGAGGGCGUCCAGAGAAUGAAAUCCCAGUUUGACCAACUGGAUCCAGACCAGACCUGCAAGGUGGGCCUGGAGGAGUUUCUGCAGGUGCUGAAGAUCUUUGGCCUGAAUCUAAAGAGGGAGCAUGUGGGCUUGUUUUUGGCUCGCUGUGGCCUGGGACUCAACAAGAAAGGUGUGAUCCAUUACCCAGAGUUCCUCCGCAUGUUUCAGGACCGCAGCGAGGAAGGGGUCACACAUAGGAUCCUAUCCAAUCCACAACACAGGUUUCACCAUAUCCAGGGGAGCAUCAGCCAUGCGUCCACAGUCACCAUGGUGGAGGCUAAACUGGCUCGACUCUUCCAGUCAGAGUACCUCGCUCUGUUAGAAAUGUUUCAGAGCAUUGAUAAAUGCCACAGGAGGGUGGUGAGCCAGGAGGAGUUUCGAGCAGCGAUUGAGAGCAGAUUUGGCCUGGAGGUCGCGGAACCUGAGUUUGACCAGCUGCUGGACAGGCUGCCCCUGGACAAGGACGGAAAUGUCCAGUACCCAGUCUUCAUGGCCGCUUUCGACACAAGGAGAGGAGUUCCCAGCCUUUUCGAGGCAAGUCCUGUGGGGAAUUUGGGGCGUACAAACGAAGAACAGGAGGGGCUAAACGUGCAACUCGAGAAUGAGGAGAGUGGGACUCUGGGACGGGGACGGAGUGUGGCACAGCUGUUCCAGAUCAUCAAGGCCCUGGUGAAGAACCACUACCAGGCAGCAGAGCGAGUCUUUGAGAAGCUGGAUGAGAAGAACACCAAACGUCUCAGUCAAGAGACCUUCUACCAGCUUCUAAAGAGAUUUGACAUCCACCCCGAAGUGAGCCGGGGGGAGAUCCGACAUCUUUGGGUCACUUUGAUUACCAACCAGGACAGGACGCUGGAUUUCUUGCAGCUUGCGCGCCACUUUGGCUACUCUCCCAAGUCCUCGUGCUUUCCCAACGCCAAGCGCAGCCCCCCGAAGAAAGGGGAUGAGAAUCUCCGGCAGUGCUCCAGAAAGCUCCACUGUGUGUCUGACAUACUUGCAGAUGGAGUGCGUGCCAAGGUGGAGCUGUCAUUGGAUGAGUUGCGGGCGGAGUUUGAGGAGUUGGAUCCUUAUAGGACGGGGUUUGUGAGCCAGGAGGAGUUCCAGGAAGUGCUGAAAGGUCUGUGUGUGCACCUCGAUGACUACGAGUGGGAGAUGCUGGCUCGAAAGUUUGACAUCAACAGGGAUGGAAGGGUUUCCUUCGUUGAGUUCCUGAGGCCCUUUGGGAGACGGAAACAGCCGUGGAGGCAUGGAUCCAACAUGGCCGGCAUACUGCAGUUCCAUAACGAAACAGAGGAUCUGUCUGCAGAGAAAGGCUCUUCCAUGUGUGACCAAGUACCACUGAGCUCAAGACUAAGGAAGAAGCUUCAGCGGCAGGGCAAGAUUCUGCGUCGGGCCUUCCACAGGCUGGACAGCUCCGACAGUGGCUACCUCUCCCCAGGCGAGUUCCGAGCGGCUCUGCGGCUGUGUGACGUACCCUUGGACCCGAAGGAGUACUACCAUGUCUUGGCCGGGCUGGACCGAGACCUGGCAGGCCGGGUGGCCUAUCGCCGGCUGAUCCAGGACAUACGCAAGAGAAGAACCUCUGGGACUAGAGUAAAGUAAAGAGUCAUCAUCAAAUUGUUUUUUCUGGUUGAUGUGACGUCAGCUUAUACAACAAAUUUAAGAUGUAUUUUCCUGGUCACUAAAAAGAUGUCUAAAUAACGUCCUUUUACAAUCGCCUUACAACCUGACCGUGAUGUUACAAAAUAUGCCAGCUUGUCAUUGCAACCAGAUUUGCCUGCUGGGCAAAUCAGCAGGGGCAAUUUGCUUUGCAUUAGGUUGUCAAAAUGACAUACAAACAACAUUUAGACAUCAAAUCAAAUGUAUUGGUCACAUACACAUGUUGAGCAGAUGUUAUUGCGGGUGUGGCGAAAUGCUGUACAUGACUGUAUUUAUUUAAGUGUCACUCCACAAUAAUACAACCCAGCUAUCACAUAAUGUUUUGAGAAACACGUUUCUUAGAGCUUGGUGAAAGUGUGGUUGUCCUGGGAAUGGUGCAGGAUACCCAGCUAGCACAUAACAUUCUGAGAAUUAUGUUAUAAAUUAAGAAACUAACUAAUGUUCUUCUGUGAGAAUGCCAGUACUUCAGCAUAACGUUUUCUAUAGGUUUCCUCAUUGUUCUAUUUAAAAUAAUAUUCUCAGGAUGUUCAGAGAACUUUAAAAAACAACGUUCUUCUGUGGGAAUUUCAGUACUUCAGCGUAACAUUUUCUGCAAGUUUCUUCAUGGUUCUAUAUAAUGUCAUGUUCUCAGAACAUUCAGAGAAUGUUAAGAAACAAUGUAGUUGCUAGGACUUUCUGGCAGUGGUCUGAGUGGAAGGGGAAAACUGAAAACUAGCUGUUAUUGACAGAGAGGUUUGGAACUCUCGCUCUUAGUAGUCAAUUAACUAAUUUACCAAUCUUUUCAAACACGUCUCACACUAAAAGGGCAUUGUCAUCAUUUUCAUGAUUUCCCAAUAUUAUUCCAACGUCAUAGUGUGAAAAUAUAUACAGUGCCUUCUGAAAGUAUUCACACCCCUUGACUUUUUCCACAUUUUGUUGCGUUACAGUCUGAAUUAAAAAUGGAUUAAAUUGAGAUUUGUUUCACUAGUCUACACACAGUACCCCAUAAUGUCAAAGUGGGAUUUUGUUUGUAUAUUAUUCUUUUUUAAUAUAAAACAUUUAAAGCUGAAAUGUCAUGAGGCAAUCAAUAAGUAUUCAACCCCUUUGUUAUGGCAAGCCUAAAUAAGUUUAGGAGUAAAAAUGUGCUUAACAAAUCACAAAAUAAGUUGCAUGGACUCAUUCUGUGUUCAAUAAUAGUGGUUAACAUUAUUUUUUUAUAACUACCCCAUCGUUGUACCCCACACAUACAAUUAUCUGUGAAUGUCCCUCAAUCGAGUAGUACAUUUCAAGCACAGAUUCAACCGCAAAGACCAAGGAGAUUUUUCAACACCUCGCAAAGGGCACCGAUUGGUAGUGUAAAAAUAAAAAAGCAGACGCUAAAUAUCCCUAUGAGCAUGAGGAAGUUAUGAAUUAGGAUUUGGAUAGUGUAUCAACAGGCGUCCUUCCUAACUGCUCAGGGAUUUCACCAUGAGGCCAAUAGUCACUUUAAAACAGUUACAGAGUUAAAAGGCUCUGAUAGGAGA